CUUGCACUUACUGCUGACAGCAUGAACCUUCCCGCCCCAACUAAGAUGGCCGCGCGAAGCUAAGAAACUCGCCCGCACUUCUCGCGAGAAGCCGGUACAAAACCCGGAACUGACCGUCACAUCGUAUUGUUUCUAGUAUUUUUCAAUCAUGGAGGCGGCGCGGGGGUGGCUGGUGCCGGGCGUCUUACCGGAGCUCUGCUUCGAUGAGUUCUUCUUAAAAUUCAACUUGUUAGAUGUUCCCUGCCUGAAGUUGGCGCUGAGUAAGGCCCUGGGCUUCGGAAUCAUCGCCGGCUCUGUGAUGGUGAAGCUCCCACAGAUAGUGAAGUUGGUGAGGGCUGGCAGUGCUGAGGGGCUCAGUUUCAAGUCCAUUCUGCUGGAGAUGUUGGCACUGACGGGCACCAUGGUGUACAGCAUCACCCACGGCUUUCCAUUCAGCACCUGGGGGGAAGUCCUGUUUCUCAUGUUACAGACUCUCACCAUCGGAUUCCUUAUCCAGCACCUUGGGGGCAGCACAGCUAUGGGUUUUUUGUUCCUUGGAGGCUUCUUCUCGCUCUUGGCCAUUUCUCUGUCUCCUGUGGUCCCCAUGGCUAUGAUUACGGCUAUGCAGGCCACUAAUGUACCAGCCAUUGUUAUCAGCAGGUUAAUUCAGGCCACCACAAACUACAGGAACGGCCAUACUGGGCAGCUGUCUGCCAUCACGGUGGGGCUCCUGUUUCUGGGCUCACUGGCGAGGAUAUACACCUGUGUGCAGGAGACCAACGACUCUCUCAUGAUGGUCACAUACGUGGUGUCCUCUGCCUGCAACGGGCUCAUUGUGGCCCAACUGCUCUACUACUGGAACGCCCGGCCCACCGGGAAGCCCCCGCAGCAGCACAAACAGCAGCAGCAGAAGAAGAAAAAGAACUAAGGGGAAAUAAACCCCCCCAACAGCAAAUUCUCCAUGUUCUCAUUCCGUCCUUCUGGGACUUGGUACUGGGCUGCUCUCAGUCCAUGGGCCUCCGUCUGCACAGAACCAACAUUAGUUCUACGUGUAAUUAGUAAAAGUUUUUUAAUAAUC